ACGCGUGGAAGGCCUCUGCUUGCUUAUUUUUAUUAUUUUAUUUUUAUUGAUAUUAUUUCUGUCUCGUGGCUGGAUCCUUAAUUUAAAAAAAAAGUUUUUAGUUGCUUUAAGGCAGGCAGGAAUUCCACCGGGAAAGCUUUGACCAAGAUGGUCUUUGCCUGCCAGAUUUACAAUGUUGAUUCUUUCAACCUUUUCUUUUAAUCCUGUUUGUGCCCUGGGGGCCACUUUGACUGAUUCGGAGAAAAGGAUGACUGGUACAAUACUUGGAGUUGGGCCUGGAGUAUUCAUCUUGGCAGUGGUCUGGGUCUUGACUUUACUGCUGUGCAUGUUGUUAUCCAGAGCUGCUGGACUUGCUAGGUUUUCAGUCAUUCUCGUUUUCUUUGCUGCUGUGAUCAUCACUUUAACCUUGUUGCUUUUUCCUCGAGCCGGCAAGUUUCCCGCACCAGUUAUAGAAAUCAAGGUUGUAGACACCUUCUUCAUUGGCCGUUUCAUCCUGCUCUUCGUUUUAACUGUGGUUUUCCUGGGAUGUAUGUUUUUGCUUCUGACUCACCACCUUCUGCAACCUGUGUAUGCCAAACCGUUGAGAUCCAGCACUUAGAAUAAUCAGCUGUGAGUCCUUGAUGAUACUUUAGCCCCAAGAACAUUUCCCAUUCCGGUGACUGAAGACACAAGAUUCAGUUCAAUGAAUCAAAAAGUAUUGUUCACAAAUACAGAAUUUGUAUAAUACAGUAUCUUGAGUUUCCUUCAAGAUACGAGAAGUUUCAGAUACAGUAAAUGAGUACAACCAAAUGCAUCGUGAAUAUUAAGUUUGUUUUUUCCCCUUUGUGUUCUAAUUUUGGUUAAUUGAAAAUGUAUUUGUAUGAAGAUGUGUUUGUAUAAAAGUUCAGAAAAUGCUGAUUCAAUCCCAUAAAACAUGUGUUGCAGUAUUGGUAACUGCCCAUUUACCAGAACACUGUAUUAAACAAAUAAAAAUGCAUUCGCAUGAAAUGAUGGAACGUCAAUCUGGUUUGUAAUCAGAUUGUUUUCCUCCAGGCUCUGUAUGGUGAAACUUCGCUUGUGAAUUUCUUUUUAGUACUUUCUGUAUUUAUUGGAUUUAAUUUAAUGGAUCCCCCAGGGCUUAUUUAUUGUCUACUCCGCCUGUGUAAUACAGGUGAGAGAUGCUAAUGAAUCCCUUUGAGAAGCCUCUUGGCCAAAUUGUUCCAGGAGGACAAAACUGAAACAGAUCAUUUUUCUUCACCAACAGAUGAUCAGUGUUGCUAAAUCACAGUUGAGCAACCAAUAUCAUAUAUUUGUUCCGAUGGUUACAUCUAACGGAUUUGUUUGGCAGAGAUAAUGUUCAGCUCUAUGUCUGCCCUGAUACACAAAGAAGAAAGUAGUGCCUUAACAGUGAUGUCAGAUAAUAUCCAUACUUUUUGUUGGAUGCAGUGUUUCUCAACCUUGGCAGUUUUUAAGAUGUGUGGACUUCAACACAGAUUUGGCUGGGGAAUUCUGGGAGUUGAAGUCCACGCAUCUCGAAGCUGCCAAGGUUGAGAAACAUUGCUCUACUGGAUUCUGGAUUUCAUAUGUUAAUAUGCCUUGCAUGAAUGCAUUUCUAAAAUUCUAUUCACGUUAAUUGCAAUUAUUCUCCAUGAAUGAGAUGUCCAGGACUUUAUAUAGUCUAAUGUUAUCCAUAUGCGUUGGACCAAUUCUCAUAAUCCCUAACCAGCAUAAGCCACUUGGUAUUAAAGACGUAACUGAUUGAAAUCAGUAGGCUGAGGCAUAACUGAAUUUUAACAUUAAAUUAAAUAUUAAAAUUAAAUAUUUUGCCUUCCCACUAAAAAUACUCAAAGUUAGCUAAUAUUAUAAUAUGGAAAAUAGUUGCAUAAUAACUGGCAAGGGGAAAAAUACCCUGUAUUUAUCAGACUACAACCUGUGUCACAUAAUUUUAGAGUCCUGAUCAUAAGCAUAAGGUUUCUAGAUCUGCUCAAGUAUAGAAUGUAGAAGCCAAACGUAGCAAAUUCUACAUUAUUAUUUGACUUGUUUAUGUUAUUAUGAUGUUUAAUUGAUUUUGUGGAUCAAUACUUAUCAUAAAUGUUUGUAACUGUUGAGUUAUGAUUAGGAUUAUAUAUCAGGAGUCAUUGAGACAUUAGAUGGUACACAAAUGGAAUGAAAUUAAAUGAAUAACAAUAGUUACAUCAUGAAUCUGCAAAAUUGUGGAAUUAGAUCAGCCUUAAUGGUGGCUCAGUGUUCAUGGUACUGUCUCUAUAGGUUUGUUAUCAUUGUAUGCCACUGACUGCAUGACAUUUUUGCUCUAUGUAUUUUUAAGGAUAUUUCAGGCAAUUCCAGUGUCCAUCUUGGUGGUAUUAAUCAUGGAAUGAUUUUAACAUGGCGUAAAGCAAACAAACUCGAAAUGGAGAAAAGACCUCAUCUACCUUUCUUCCCUUAAUAAAGAGGUAUGGGAGACGGUCAAGGGCUCCCUCUAACAAGAUUAUAGAUAAGAUUUCCUAACUUCAUUAGAAACUUGCCCUGGGAAUGAAUAAUAAUAAUAAUAAUAAAAACCUGAAAGGAUAAUUUUAAAAUAGCUGAACCUUCUUUUUAACAAGAGAAAUAAGUGGGAAAGUAAUUGGCCAACGAAGGAAUACUUAAAAACCCAGCAGGGAUAGCUUCCUGAAAUAGAUUAGUGGUGCUUCCAUAUCACAUAUUAAUUGGCAUCAGAUGACUUGGAAAGCCAUAAAAACCCAAGUGGGGAGAGGCGUCGUCAAGGCAUCACAAAUUCCGGAGAUCUUGGUUCUUCUAAUUUCAUUUUUAACAAUAUUUUUACAGACUAACAUGGCAGUGUUCUUACAAAACUGCUUCCAUUUCUACAGAGUAAAGUUUUUAAAACUAGCUGUUUGAUGUUCCAAGCUGUAAUGUUGCAUUUUUUAAGAUUUAUUUUUCUGCUUUUCCCAUUUAAGGAUAAUCUCUCUGCAUGCUCUAUUGAAGUGAAUCACUUCUUGUAAUCUGCUUCCCCAUCUUUGAACUCUUUUCCUUUCUGAUGUUAUAUCUAAUGUUUUAAAUACUCUAAUGACUAUUAACUUGCUGAUUUGAUUGGCUUAUAUGCUACAAGCCUCAGAUAUUUGGAGGGGAUGAAUUCCUUAUAAUUGCUUAUUGUUUGAUUGUUCUAUAUACUGUUAAGUCUCAAGUAUUAUUUAAUCAAUUGUAUUGAUUACAAUUACUCAGUAAUAAUAAAUAUCACUUAUUUAAUUAUA